AUGCUAACCCGAGUUACAAUAACUUUCAUCGGAGAGCCGCUCAUAUGGGGACGCGUCGUUGCAACUGUGCCCAUUUUUGCCAACAUUGCAGUCGAAGGCGUGCCUGUUUGCGCAAGGAGAUUCCUGAAUACUAAUACGAACUCAAGUUUCAGCCUUUAUGACAGCAAGAGACCCAACACCAAGUUUGGUGCCCCGACGUUCCAGCUACAUCCUGCAUUGAAUUUAGGCUGCAGGCUCUGCACACUUUGUGGGCUCAAUUCUCUUUGCUCGAGAAAGCUCCCUUUCCAUCUGGCAUUCACACCACACAAACGCGACAAUAAGCCUGCCAUCACAUUAUCAACACCUCUCGUUUGGGAAAGCUUUCGGUCCCUUUCCAUCCCUUCACACUACAUAGACGCGAUAGUGAGCCUGCCAUCACAUUAUCAGCACCUUUCGCUUGGGAAGAGCUCUCGGUCUGCCUUCCACCCCAUAUUCACACUACAUACACAUGGUGCUGCGCCCCAGAGAAGCCGAAAAACACUUCACACUUGCUUUACCACACCAUCGCGGAGUGGCGUGAAUCGGGCUCCGAUUGAGCUUCUGGGAAAGGAGCCAGAGGGUGCAAAGGUGCCGGUAGUGGGCAUUAGUACAAAGGUAAAUACAUGA